AUGGCGAAAUUCACCAAAGCCCGGUUUGGAAGCAAGACAUCAUAUCGUAUGAUGUCAAUCAGUUGCGCUCUCGCAUUUGCGCUCUAUGGCUACGACGCCGGCGUUCUUGGAGGUGUUCAAAACACCAAGCCCUUUCUCGACGCAAUCGGAAAUCCAACAGGUGUCUACGAUAUCCCCAUGGUAGCUUCAUCCUAUGUUUUAGCCGCGACUGUCAUCUCAGCCUUGGUCAUCUUUAUCGGCAUGCCCUUUGGCAGACGGGGCUGUAUCUUAAUCGGUGACAUGUGUGUAAUUGUUGGGUCAGCAAUUCAGGCCUCAGCCAUGUCAAUGCCACAUAUUAUUGUCGGGAGAGUUAUUUGCGGUUUCGGAAUUGGAUUCAUCUCCAGCACCGUGCCAACCUACAUGGCGGAAAUGGGCAUCAUGAAAGAACAGCGUGGACCGGAAGUUGCUAUUCAAUGCGCAUGGCUAAUCACUGGAAUUGCAAUUGCUUACUGGAUUGACUUUGGGUUCACUCGGACUCAGCAUCAGAUCUCUUGGCGCUUCCCCAUUGCAUUCCAGGCUGUCUUUGCUAUCAUCUCCUUUGCUCUUCUCUGGUUUCUUCCAGACACACCACGCUGGUACUAUGCCAGAGACAGGAUCGAAGAGGGUGAUUUAGUCCUCAUGUUGCUUCAUGAUAAAGGCAUCGAUGGCGAAAGUGUGCAGAAGCAAAGAAAGGAAAUUUUGUCUUCCAUCCAAAUGGAAGCUGAGAAUGAGAACAAACUCAUUCUCUGGAGUCUCGUCUGGGAUAACACUGAGCUGCGAGUUGGCCGACGGAUCCGUAUUUCGUUUCUCAUUCUCAGUAUUCAGCAGAUGAUGGGAAUCAAUAUGCUGGUCUACUACAGCACUCGAAUAUUUGCAAACAUUGGUCUGUCGCCCUUUUUGUCCCAGCUCCUCGCUGCUGUGAUGAACACCAUUUUCGCAAUCGGGACAUAUUUCACACCAGGAACUAUUGAAAGGUUUGGAAGACGGCAAAUCAUGCUCUGGACAGCCUUUGGCUGCGGUGUUUCCAUUAUGAUAUUUACCAUCAUGAUUGGGUUACCGAAUCAGACACCCGCAACCCAAUGGACUGCAGUUGCAUUCGUCAUCCUAUACAAUCUGUUCUACGGAUACGGCUGGGUUGGAUGCCCUUGGCUAUACGGACCAGAGAUUGCCCCUCUACGAUAUCGACAUAUUGGUGGGGCUGCUGGGUCACUGGGUGAAUGGCUUUUCUCGUUCAUCACAGUCUUUGCGGGUGGAAUUGGUGUUGACAGAACUGGAUGGAAAAUCUGGAUCUGGCAGAUUAUUGCUUGCUUCGGUGUUAUUCCCUUCGUAUAUUUCAUGUGCCCAGAGACGGCAGGAAAGUCCCUCGAAGAAAUUGAUGCGCUGUUUGCAGCGCCUGGCUAUGAUGGCUAUCACCACGGGGCGGGUGCAGAUGAAAAGAUUAUUGAGAGUGACGGAAGCAAUACAUCCCAUUUGGAGGAGAAGAUUGUGGGGAAGAACUAG